AUGGGUUCCGCUCCUCGUCUCGGCGCCCUCGGGCACACCUUCACCUUCAUGCGCGCCAUGCAAUUCGUUUCGUUGGUGUCCAUCAUCGGCAUGGUCGCCAACUUUAUUUCGGAGAUUAAUGCUGCUGAUGUGCAGUCCCCUUCGGUCUUGAUUGGUACGCUCGUUAUUUCCUGCAUCGCAACCCUCUACAUCUCAAUCACCUACAUCCUCUACUACGACAACAUGCUCCCCCUCCUCCUCGCCGCAGGAGCAGAUACCUUCCUCCUCAUCGCCGUCAUCGUCGUCGCAUGCCUCCUAGGCAAACCCUUAUCCUACCUCGACUGCGCCGCCCUGCCCAAGUCAUCGGGUAGCACCGCCAACUUCAUGGCCUCCGCUCUGGCCAACAUCAACACCGGUUCCGCGCUCAACUACUUUAUUUGGGUCGGCGCCGACCAGGGCACGUGUUAUGCUAUCAAGGCCGUCUGGGGUCUUUCGAUUGCGCUGUGUGUGCUCUUUGCGUUUAGUGCCGUGACGGCGGUUUGUCUCUGGCGCAGGGUCAAGGUUGCGCCUGCGGUGAAGGAUAUUGAGGGUUGA